UCAGUCACGACUAAGCGAUGCAUAGAAAAUGGAGCUGCCGUGGCUGUUUGCGACGCUUUUCCUUUUGCUCCUGACUGGAACUGAGUUCAGUCUCGCUGAUGAAGAAACACAGUGGCAGAAAUAUCUCAGUAACAUUGCUGAAGCAACCAAGAAGUACCAGCCAUGCAGCCAGGAGAACUGCAGCUGCCACAUCAGUGUCCUGAAAAGUGACCUGUUGCCGUUCAGAAAUGGUAUAUCAAAGGAGCUGAUGUCGGACACGGUGCAGCGUAGUGUGGGGACACACUACCAGAUCAUCGGACACAAGCUGUACCGAGAACAGGACUGCAUGUUCCCAGCCAGGUGCAGCGGAGUAGAGCAUUUUAUCCUGGAAGUGAUUGACCGGUUGCCUGAUGUGGAGAUGGUCGUUAAUGUGCGUGAUUACCCUCAGGUGCCUGGAUGGUCUCAGCCACUGCUGCCUAUUUUUUCCUUCAGCAAGACACCAGACUACCGGGAUAUCAUGUACCCUGCGUGGACAUUUUGGGAGGGAGGUCCUGCAGUGUGGCCAAUUUAUCCCACCGGACUGGGUCGUUGGGACCUGAUGAGAGAUGACCUGAAAAAAUCAGCAGCUCGGUGGCCCUGGAAAAAGAAAAGUUCCAAAGGGUUCUUCAGAGGCUCCAGGACCAGUUCAGAGAGAGACCCUUUAAUCCUGCUAUCCAGAGAGGCUCCUGACCUGGUGGACGCAGAGUAUACCAAGAACCAGGCCUGGAAGUCAGAGAAGGACACUCUGGGAAGACCCCCAGCCAAAGAAAUUCCCCUGGUUGACCACUGUGAAUACAAAUACCUCUUUAAUUUCCGUGGGGUAGCAGCCAGUUUCCGCUUCAAGCACCUGUUCCUCUGCGGUUCCUUGGUGUUCCAUGUAGGGGAGGAGUGGGUGGAGUUCUUUUACCCUCAGCUCCGGCCCUGGGUGCACUACAUCCCUGUCAAACAGGACCUCUCUGACCUCAGGGAGUUGUUGCUGUUUGUCAAGGAAAACGACAAAGUAGCAGAAUCCAUUGCGAUAAGAGGUCAGAAUUUCAUCAAAGAUCACCUUCGUAUGGAAGAUGUGUCCUGCUACUGGGAGAGGCUCCUCACUGACUUCAGCAAGCUGCUCACAUACAAGCCCAAGCGCAAGUCCAGUUACAAGCAGGUCACCCACAAACCCAACAGGUCCGAGCUUUGACCUGAGCACCAUUUCAUUCUUAAUGCUCAGACCGUUAUGAUUGUCCGUCAUCCUGAAAAUGAAUUAGCCAUUCGUUCUCCUUGGCUUUGUCACUGGUUUAACAACAUUUUAAAGAAUGGUGAGCGAUUACAGACUUCCAUAUUAGUCUCAUAGUAGUUAGUAAACAGUUCUUAUUAGUCACGGCAUAAUAAGAUUUAAGGUUAUAACUGAAAGUAAGACUGGAGUUUAGAGGUUAAAAAUGUAUCACUUUUGAGUUGGAAUUGCCCCGAUUUUUCAACUUUGCUGCAUAGUUAAAUUGUUGAGAUGCAAACAAAGUGAUUUAUGUAGAAAUUCAUUAACUCUGAUUAACUUUUUACAGUGGUGGUGAUAGAAACGAGGGGUCAGGAUGUCUGCAACACAAAUACAGCCAUUUUACUUACUAUCUAAACCACUAUGGAUCCUACACGUAAUGUUGAUAAUGGUGAAGUAGGUAUAAAUUUAAACAAUUAUGUUUUCUUUGGGUACUAUUUUGCCUUGCAAAACCCUGCAUGUACCUCUUCACCCUGAGUGUAUUUUAAUAAAUGCAUUUUGGACCAAAACCUUCUUAAACUAUCAUAAAAUGCUGUAUCAGACAUCAGACUGCAUACUUAUAUCCGUUUCAUAUAAUAACUGUCUGCUUUUAAAGACAUUAAACUCUUCAAACAUCUGGUUCCUAUCACUAGCACUAUCAAACCACUCUGGAUGACUUUGUUUACAUCCCAACAGUUAAAUUAUGCAGAAAUUUUGGAAUUUCCAUUUAAACGUCUGUGGGGCGAAGCAGUAUUGAAGACAUCUCUGUCUAAUGAGUUAAAUGUUUUUACCUAAUACGGUCAUUAGUAGCCAAGAAGUGAUGAGUUAGAUACGAAAAUCAGUCGGGCAGAUCUGUUAGAGAACGUUAGGCAGUUACACAGUGCUCCACAUGUGUCUCUACAUACUCAGUAAAGGCAGCUCCGUCACUGAUGCCGUUUCUCUGCAACUGUUCAAUCUGUGGAUUUACAGCCUUGAACCUGCAGCUUUAAAAUGCUCCAAAGUGCUCCUUUCUCAGUCAAGCUCAGCUGUCAUGUCUUGCUUUCCGUGUCACAAUAACUACAACUGAUCAGUGCAGCUUGUAAUUCUUUUACAUAUAAUGUUCCUGCUAAUCAUCUAUAUUGUUCUGGUUUAAAUUCUCUUAUCAAUACAGUUAUGAUUAGAGUUUUGAAUGGGGGGAAAAAUACUUUAGCAGCACAGAUGUUUGGCACUUUAGCAGUUUCUCUUUCUUCUCCCUCAGAACCUUCGUAAAUGUUAAAGCGCUCAGCUGUAAAAUGGUUAAUAUUAAAGUGAUUGUUUUGCAAAAAAAUCUCAUUUGUGCAGCUUUUACCACAGCUGUAGUUGAUCAACCAAAACAAGUCUGAUGUUUUUUCAGUUUUGCAGAGGUUCAAGGCUUCAAGGCUGCUGCUGCUGCUGUUUUUAGCUAUGCAAUGUACUUUUGUCCAUUUUUAUAGGCAACAGCAUGUCAUACAGUGUGAGAAACUACAUAAAGUCUGGUUGAGAUCAUUUAGCAACUUGAGGCAGUUUGAGGUAAGCAUGUGAUGAUUAAGGUGUUCAGUUUAGCACAUAACUAAAAAGUAAACUUAAGACAUCAGACAUGUUUUGGCUGAUUGGCUGCAUUUGGGAAAGUGUACUUUUUUGCCAAACUGUUUCUUUAAGCAGUUUAAAACGAUUGACAGAACCGUUUUCUAUCACUGAAAAAAUGUUUUCUCAGCACUGAGCACCACAUCAUAGUGUUGAACUCACUCGAGUCAGCACUGUCGCACUUAAUUCAGUUUAGUUAGAAGUUGUCAUCAGUUAUAGAACCAGAGACGAGUUAGUCCAUGUUUUGUCUAAGUUGCGAUGUGAUUUGUUUGUUAGUCUCUCAACACUUUAGUCCUUCUGUACAGUCUGUCAGUGCUUUUAUGUUUUGAGGUCAGACGAAUUCACAUGUUAGGUUAUUGCUUCUUUCUCGUUUGUCUACGGCCCUAGAUAUAGCUGCCUCAGAGACACUUGUACUUUUAAGCAAAAUAUUGUUGAAUAUCGGUUUGAAUUUUUGUAAAUAGCCACAAACCCUGUCCUUUCACCCCUUUUCAUAACUACCUGAUCUUUGACCAGUUUUCCAUUAUUUCCCCCAUGAAGACCGUUUAGGAGGUGGGUGGUCUUAACAGGGAAUGACACCAUUUUAUCAGCAUAAUUCAAUCAUUAAAAUAUAAACAUAAAGUCAUUCAAAUUGGUUUGAUGUGAAAUACUCAUUUCUAGAGAAACUUGCAGUCAGAAGUGUUCAGAGUGGUGGUGAUAGGAUCCAGAAAUGCCAAAGAGUUAAAUGUCUUUAAAAGCUGCCUCACAGAAAGUUAUUACAUGGUAGUCUGAAGGUUAAGGGUUAAAAUGACUAGUUUAUUUACUCUAGAGAUGCAGGGUAUUGUAAGGCAAAAAAGUUCCCCAAAAAUAUAUUUUUUCAGCUUCGCCACUGUUUUACUAUUGUCAACGUUGCUUAUAAAUAGGCUUGUCACAGUUAUUACAUAAUCACAGAUCAUAAUUAUUUGAGCUAGUUAAAAUUAUUUUAGCUGAUCGCAAUGAUUUGCCACUAUUGUUAUCUUUCACAAUUAUCUCGCUGCUGUCGGAAGAAAACCUUGUACCUCCAUUUUUGUUGUUUUUCAGUAUCUGACAUAAUUUGAAAA